UCGAAUCCCCAUAAUAUGUACAUCGAUACCCUUUUCCCAGACGGGCUCUAUCACCCUCUUCUCCCCCGGGCAACCUACGCUUCCUGCUGGGGAGGCAUAGGACAAGGAGAAUGUCGCGGCCAAUCUGACUGUAUUGCCUCCCUCCCUCCCCCUUUAAACUCUAGAUAUUCCUGCGGACCCAACUGGCCAUGUCCGGGGAUAAGCUCCAUCCAAUGCUGCGUGACAUACGAGAACAUGUCAAACGGGACCUCCACGGUUUCCUCUACCUCCUCCACCACAUCUCCAACUUCGACAUCAAACUCCACUUCCACUUCCACAACACCGUCUGUCUCGUCGCCGACCACCUCAGCCGCAGCGCCAGCUGCAGAGUCAAAACAAGGACUCUCGGGAUCUCAGAUAGGGGGGAUAGUCGGUGGUGUUGUUGGCGCGGCGUUCCUGCUCGGGGUUAUCGCGCUGUUUCUUUUCUUUCGUCGGCGGACGGGCAAGAGAGAUCUUGCACAGGAGGGUCCGGAUGCUCAGGGACCUGCUUCGGAGGCGGGUAAGCCGGUGGAGGAGGAGGUGGUGGGGAAGGACCUGCCGAUGCUUGAGGGGACUAUGAGGCAGGAGAUGGAUGCGCAGGGCGGGGCGGCGUUGCAUGAGAUGGAGGGGGCCAGUGGACGGGGGGUAGUUGGGGUCGGUGGUGAGAAGGGGGCUGGUCUGUCGGAAUUGGAGGGACAGAGGACGGUUGUUGCUGAGUUGGAUGGAGCGUCUGUUGUUCGGGGUUCUGGUGGGUGA